AGGGUUUGCUUUUAGCUCCUGUAGAUCCUUAAGUUUUUCAAAAACGAAUAGACUAAAACAUCCACCUUAAUUAAGCUAGAAAGAAAAAAACUACGUCGCACAGCAUGCAAAUGAAGUAUACUCUUUCUUUCGCACUUUCUGUUAUAUUUUGGCGUCAUAAUCAAAAAGACUUUGAACGCACCUGUUUCUUACGCGAUUAUAAUUCGUUAGCCACUACGUCGGCAAUCGUCGUCGUAUCGCUCACCAUCAAAAUAUCAAUAUGUCAAUUUCAUUUAAGGCGGCAUUCCUUUGGAUUGUAUUUUCAUAUACUCUUCACGUUUGAGAGCAGUGAAGCGCAUUUUGGAGGUCUUGAGCACUUGCCAAUCGAAUUGCAGAGGAAUUUUACAUUAAUGCGAGACUUAGAUGCCAGAGCCCAGAGUUUAAUGAAGGACAUCGACAAGCUAGCAGAUGAUUACUUGAGAAACAUUAAGAAAGAGUCACCAGAGAAAAGCAAAGAACAGAUCACUCAUAUCCAAAGCCUCUUUAAUAAAGCCAAGGAGUAUGGUGAUGACAAAGUCCAGCUUGCUAUACAGACUUAUGAGUUGGUUGACAAACACAUCAGAAGGUUGGACUCUGAUCUGGCGAGAUUCGAGGCAGAAAUACAGGAUAAGGCGUUGAACAGUAGCAGGGCCCAAGAGGAAGGUAAUGCCAGCAAGAAAGGCAGAAAAAAAUUAAAAGAGGAGAAAAGAAAGAAGAAGGGUAAUGCAGUUAGCAGUGAGGACGAGUUCAAGGUCCCAAGGAAAAAGCAAAAAAAAGGUGGCUCCGCUGCUUCAGCAUCAUCUACUGGCGCUGUGGGUAGCGGUGCGCAGGUAGACGCAACAACAUUAGGACACCCAGCUGAUGUCUUGGAUAUGCCCGUUGAUCCCAAUGAACCGACUUACUGCCUCUGUCAUCAAGUGUCAUAUGGUGAAAUGAUUGGUUGCGACAAUCCAGAUUGCCCGAUAGAAUGGUUUCACUUCGCAUGUGUGGGUCUAACUACCAAACCCAAAGGGAAGUGGUAUUGUCCAAAAUGUACACAGGAUCGUAAAAAGAAGUAAAAAUAUUAGAAUGUUACUUAUGUCGUCACAUAUUUAAGAAAAAAGAUUAUCGUACACUAUUUCUAAAAUUAGAAUGUAAAUUUUUCAAAU